GGACCUUCCUCGAGUGCCAGACAGGGUCUGGAGCCCGGGCCGAGGUCAGGAAGCCAGAGUUGGUGGCGGCGGCCAAACUGCUGAGCGAGAAGGAGCGAGAGCUGCUUGAAACCGAACACUUGCUGCGUGAGACAGAGUCUCACUUUGUCGCCCUGGGUAGAGUGCUAUGACAUCAUAGCUCACAGCAAUCUUAAACUCUUGGGCUCAAGUGAUUCUCGUGCCUCAGCCUCCGGAGUAGCUGGGACUACAGGGAAGAGGAAUGAAAAAGUAUGUUUUGUAAAGAAAAAAAUGAGAACUCAAAGAUGAAAUAACAAAGAUAAAGCCAGAGAAAGCGGGGAAUACAUCAUGUCGACAUUCUGUAAAUAUUAGGCAGAGUCUAAUAAAUGUUUUUUGGUGGAUACUUAUUUUAUACACAUGAACAUUUACUAAUAAGGCAAUAAAUAACCUUCAAUUUUUUAAUUCAGUUUUGGUUCAACUGUGGGAACAUUUGUUCCCCUUCUAGUUUCUAACUAGCUAGAUUCAUUCAUUUUUUUUUUUUUUAUUGUAUAGUCUAAAUUGGAAAGUGAAAAGUGUAUUUAUGUGACUAUGGAGGUGAAAUUGUACAAAAAUUUUAGCUUCUGUAUAUUUUUUACACCCACAUGCUUAUGAAAACAAAUGCAAAAGAUGCUACUUUUAAUUACCAUUUAUUAAAAAGUAAGAUAACACAUUUUAUUUUUCCCUUCAGCUACAAUAACAAACUGUAAGUCUGCUGGCAAUUUAAUAUUAAUAAAGAAAAAUUUAACUGCUAUCCUUUUUUCUUAGAUAAGAAUGAAGAUUUAAGGAAACUUGCAGAGAAUGAAAUAACUUUGUAUAAAAAAGAAAUAACUCAGUUGAAGCAUCAGAUUAUCUUACUUUUGGUUCCCUCAGAAGAAACAGAUGAGAACGACUUGAUCCUGGAGGUGACUGCAGGAGUUGGGGGUCAGGAGGCUAUGUUGUUUACUUCAGAGAUAUUUGAUAUGUAUCAGCAGUAUGCUGCUUUUAAAAGAUGGCAUUUUGAAACCCUGGAAUAUUUUCCAAGUGAAAUAGGUGGCCUUAGACAUGCAUCUGCCAGCAUUGGGGGUUCAGAAGCCUUUAAGCAUUUCAAGUUUGAAGGAGGUGUGCACAGAGUACAAAGAGUGCCAAAGACGGAGAAGCAGGGCCGCAUUCACACGAGCACCAUGACUGUGGCAGUAUUACCCCAGCCAACUGAGAUUAAUCUGGUGAUUAAUCCUAAAGAUCUGAGAAUUGACACUAAGCGAGCCAGUGGAGCUGGGGGACAGCACGUAAACACCACAGACAGUGCUGUCCGCAUAGUUCACCUUCCAACAGGUGUUGUUUCUGAAUGCCAACAAGAGAGAUCCCAACUGAGAAAUAGAGAGAUGGCAAUGAAAAAGUUACGUGCAAAACUGUACAGCAUGCAUCUAGAAGAAGAGACGAGUAAAAGAUACAAUGCUAGGAAGAUUCAGGUUGGAACUAAAGGAAGAUCAGAGAAAAUAAGAACGUAUAAUUUUCCACAGAACCGGGUCACGGAUCACAGAAUAAACAAGUCACUGCAUGAUCUUGAAACUUUUAUGCAAGGAGAUUAUCUACUGGAUGAACUUGUACAGUCAUUGAAGGACUAUGCUGAUUAUGAAUCUUUAGUAGAAAUUAUUUCCCAAAAAGUUUAAGUCAAUUUGUUAUUAAAAACUUUUAUAGCUCAGAAAAAUUCUGUUAUAGCAAAUGAGAUCGUAUGUAAAUAAUUACCAGUGUUCUCUUGAAAAACAUGAAUUAACAGUUGGAAGUAAUAUGCAUGUUCUUAAAGCAUCUUGAUAAGUAACAAAUACUUCUCAAUGUAUUAACAAAAAACAUACAAUAUACAGAUGAUGUCCCUCAAUUUACAUUGGGGCUACUUCCCAAUAAUAAACCCAUAGUAAGUUGAAAAUAUCUUAAGUCAAAUUCAUGUAAUGCUAGCUACACAGUACACAGUCCCUUACUUUGACUAACAAAUUUUCAGCUUUCUGAUGAUAUGAAAGGGAUAUACAAUUGUAAGUUAUGGGGAGCUCCUUGAGCUGAGGGGGGACUAUGUCCCACUAAACUGCCAAUAAAAUCAGAAAAUCAUUGUAAAUUGGAGACCAUCUGUAAUCAUGACUGUGAAUCUUAGGCUUACCUUUACAAGUAGGCAAAGGGGAAAAUACCCAUUUGCCCUGUGUUACGUAAAUAAUGGGUAAUCAAAAAUUUGACUUUGUUAUGAAAAACUUAAAAUAUAAAAUAGAUAUAUGACAUUAAAUACUAUAUUGGUCAGGGUCUAGUCUUACAGUAAGGUUUCUUACAGUAAGGUUUUAAUAUAAAGAAAUUUUAAUUGAUAAUGGAGUUAGCUAUUAAAAGAGAAAAAACUUUUAUACAUACAUUAGAAACUGAAAUAGAGUACCUAAGGCAGUUAUCAAAUCAUAAUUUGAAGAGAAUGCGCUCCUUUGCAAUGUUUAUGACAGGCAUUCUAUAAUACCUUCUUAAGAUGUUAAUGAAUGCAGCAUUCAGCGACCUAUACAACUCAAGAAUACAAUAAAUACAGCAGGACCAAUCAGUCAUAUUCAGUUUCUCCCACUGUUCUGUCCUCUUGGGUCUUUCAGUUUCUAGGGUUGUUAUGAAUGGUACAUAUUCACAGGUUAUUAAAUAUUAUAAUGUACUAUUAGUUUUCCCUUACCUCUUCUCAUAGAUAACUAGAAAUUAGACUGAGAGUAUGAAGUCUUGAAUGUUGAAGUUCAUUCUGUAAAUAAGGGGGAGCUAUUAAAAGUUUAUUUUCUUUAUCCCCAUCCCUCUCCACUCUUUUAUCCCUUGCCUUGUGGGAAAAGAAGGUAUAAGAGCUGUACUAACUAGGGUAAGAAAAACCCUUGAUCAAUUUUUAAACUUCACGUCCAUUAGAACAUCAUAAUACUUAGGUAAUUUUAACAAUAUAAAUUAAAAAUAUAUAUCUAGGUAUAUUAUGAACACAUGCAGAGUAAUGCAGGUCUGUGAACUGACACCGGCUCCUUCACCUACUAAUAUUUAUUCCUACAUGAUCAAUGUAAUUGUAAAAACCCAGGAAAAGGUAAGAGUAGACCACUGUAAUCCUGGCACAAGAAGCCUAGUGUAAUCCUAAGUUUUAACAUUUUAAGGUCCUUGGAAUUUGCAGAUGUUUGCACAAACACAACUACCAUCAACACAACUACCUUAAUUACCGGCAGUCCUUAGUUACAAACAUCUGACUUAGUGCAACUGGCACUUAGGAACAGAGGCUAUUACAGUAACUGCCUGAGUUACAAACAUCCAAGUGACAUAUGACUUGCAUGUAGAAAGGAGGCUAUUGCAGGUAAUAGGUAAAUACACUGUUCCAACUUACAUACGAGCGUGGACAAACCUACAGACCCUCAUUUAUAAUGAGGUGACUGUAUAAACGGUGCACUGUCACUUUACCUGCCUUUUGUCACGCUGCCCUGCCCCCUCCACCUAGAAAAUACUCACAUUCUGUCUACCUUUGUUUUGAGGGUUCUGCCCUCAAUAACACAAUAAUGAGUUAUAAAAGAGCUUGAUGGAGGGAGUCUGGCCUUUGUGCCCUUCUGCAUUUGCCAUGUGAAGAUAAAGCAUCCUUCCCCUCAAGACACCCCAAAAUUCAAUGAUUCCAGGUGCCAUCUUGGAAGCAUGUAACAGUCCUCAUCAGAUGCCCAUGCACCUGUUCCUGGAUUUCCCAGUCCCCCAAACUGUCAGAAAAGACUCUGUUCUUUAUAAGUUAUCUAGUUUGUGGUACUCUGUUAUAGAAACACUAAACAGACUAACACACCUCACCUGGACAUUAGAUGGAAAUAAAUUCACUGGUUAAUUCUGUCUCAGACUGUGCUUAACAAGGAAAUGGGAAAAAAGGGUCCAGGGAAUAGGGCAGACUAGUAUUGUUAGACCUCUCACAUUGUCUCAUCAAUGGCCAAGACUGUUUUAGUCAUUCUUACUUUUCCACGAGUGAACACAACAUUCUUAUGUAAUAGGCACUUACAUAGGUGUCUAAAGGCAGUUAUAUCCAAAGAAUUUGUCUAAAAAUCUGUUAGGAUUGUUAAGAGCCAAAAUUCAACUUAAUUUCAAAAGGGUCUAUAGCACUAAUAAGUCAAAACUCAUUAGCUACGAUAGCAAUUCUGAAUAUUUUGCAAAUACUAUGA